AUGAAAGGGGCACACAAGAGAGAAAUCCAGGAAACCGAUUUUACAUUUAAGAUACAAGGCAAAGGGGAUGAGGCUUAUCUAAAGAGAUUAGUCAACGAGAUCCAAGCUUUUCUUACCAAGGAUGGGAAAAUAAACAAUUAUUCUGUGAACCUGAAAGGCCAAAGCCAAGCAAACCAGGGGAUGCGUUUUACAUUAACUGUACAAGGCACCGGGGCCGAUGCUUCAGUCAUAAGAUUAGUGCAAAAUAUAAAUGAUUUCCUCAAAAGAGAAGGCAAAUUAACUGACAUUACCUUAAGCAUACAAGGCCAAGGGAUUGGUGCUUCUAUUCACCAAAAAAUUGAAGAGUUCAAUGCUUCCUUGAAAGGAACCAACAAAGGAGAGCAGUGGAUCCCGAUUACAUUGAACAUAGAAGGCCAAGGGAAUGGUGCUGCUCUAAAGGGAUUCGUCAAAAAGAUCAAGGCUUUUCUUGUUAAGGAGGGGCAAAUUACUGAUUAUUCUGUGAACAUGCAAGGCCAAGGCCAAGCAAACCAGGGGAUGCAUUUUACAGUCACCAUACAAGGCAAAGGGACUGAUGCUUCUCUCAAGAGAUUAGUGGAAAACAUCAAUGCCAUCCUUCAAGGAGAAGACAAAAUGACUGACAUUACCAUAAGCAUACAAGGCCAAGGGAUUGGUGCUUCUAUUCACCAAAAAAUUAGAGAGUUCAAUGCUUCCUUGAAAGGAACCAACAAAGGAGAGCAGUGGAUCCCGUUUACAUUGAACAUAGAAGGCCAAGGGAACGAUGCUACUCUAAAGGGAUUCGUCAAAAAGAUCAAGGCUUUUCUUGUUAAGGAGGGGCAAAUUACUGAUUAUUCUAUGAACAUGCAAGGCCAAGGCCAAGCAAACCAGGGGAUGCGUUUUACAGUCACCAUACAAGGCAAAGGGACUGAUGCUUCUCUCAAGAGAUUAGUGGAAAACAUCAAUGCCAUCCUUCAAGGAGAAGACAAAAUGACUGACAUUACCAUAAGCAUACAAGGCCAAGGGAUUGGUGCUUCUAUUCACCAAAAAAUUGGAGAGUUCAAUGCUUCCUUGAAAGGAACCAACAAAGGAGAGCAGCGGAUCCCGUUUACAUUGAGUAUAGAAAGCCAAGGGAACGAUGCUACUCUAAAGGGAUUCGUCGAAAAGAUCAAGGCUUUUCUUGUUAAGGAGGGGCAAAUUACUGAUUAUUCUGUGAACAUGCAAGGCCAAGGCCAAGCAAACCAGGGGAUGCGUUUUACAGUCACCAUACAAGGCAAAGGGACUGAUGCUUCUCUCAAGAGAUUAGUGGAAAACAUCAAUGCCAUCCUUCAAGGAGAAGACAAAAUGACUGACAUUACCAUAAGCAUACAAGGCCAAGGGAUUGGUGCUUCUAUUCACCAAAAAAUUGGAGAGUUCAAUGCUUCCGUGAAAAACAGGCCUAACAAGGAUGGCUCUGCAACUGGAGGAGAAGGCCAGUUUACAUUGAAAAUACAAGCUAUAGGGAAAGAACCUGCUCAAGUGAGUUUAGUUCAAAAGAUAAAUACUAUUCUUGGUCAAGAAAAGCAAAUUACUGAUUAUUCUGUGAACGUGCAAGGCCAAGGCAAAGUGAACCAGCAAUCCAGUUUUGAAGUAACCAUACAAGGCAAAGGGACUGAUGCUUCUCUCAAGAGAUUAGUGGAAAAUAUAAAUACUACCCUUGGAAGAGAAAAUGAAAUAUCUCACAUUAUCCUCAGCAUACAAGGCCAAGGGAUUCAACCUUCCCUCCAUCAGUUAAUCUAUGAUAUCAAUGUUUCCCUGAAAUACAAAAAAAACAACUGUUGUUCACCUCACAAAAAGGUCCAAUGGAUCCAGUUUAUAUUGAACAUAGAAGGCCAAGGGGAUGCAGCUUCUCAAAUGAGAUUAGAGCAAGAGAUCAAGGCUUUUCUUGGCAAGGAACAGCAGUUUACUGAUUAUUCUGUGAACAUGCAAGGCCAAGGCCAAGCAAACCAGGGGAUGCGUUUUACAGUCACCAUACAAGGCAAAGGGACUGAUGCUUCUCUCAAGAGAUUAGUGGAAAACAUCAAUGCCAUCCUUCGAGGAGAAGACAAAAUGACUGACAUUACCAUAAGCAUACAAGGUCAAAGGAUUGGUGCUUCUAUUCAUCAAAAAAUUGGAGAGUUCAAUGCUUCCUUGAAAGGAACCAACAAAGGAGAGCAGUGGAUCCCGUUUACAUUGAGCAUAGAAAGCCAAGGGAACGAUGCUACUCUAAAGGGAUUCGUCAAAAAGAUCAAGGCUUUUCUUGUUAAGGAGGGGCAAAUUACUGAUUAUUCUGUGAACAUGCAAGGCCAAGGCCAAGCAAACCAGGGGAUGCGUUUUACAGUCACCAUACAAGGCAAAGGGACUGAUGCUUCUCUCAAGAGAUUAGUGGAAAAUAUCAAUGCCAUCCUUCAAGGAGAAGACAAAAUGACUGACAUUACCAUAAGCAUGCAAGGCCAAGGGAUUGGUGCUUCUAUUCACCAAAAAAUUGGAGAGUUCAAUGCUUCCUUGAAAGGAACUAACAAAGGAGAGCAGUGGAUCCCGUUUACAUUGAGUAUAGAAAGCCAAGGGAACGAUGCUACUCUAAAGGGAUUCGUCAAAAAGAUCAAGGCUUUUCUUGUUAAGGAGGGGCAAAUUACUGAUUAUUCUGUGAACAUGCAAGGCCAAGGCCAAGCAAACCAGGGGAUGCGUUUUACAGUCACCAUACAAGGCAAAGGGACUGAUGCUUCUCUCAAGAGAUUAGUGGAAAACAUCAAUGCCAUCCUUCAAGGAGAAGACAAAAUGACUGACAUUACCAUAAGCAUACAAGGCCAAGGGAUUGGUGCUUCUAUUCACCAAAAAAUUGGAGAGUUCAAUGCUUCCUUGAAAGGAACCAACAAAGGAGAGCAGCGGAUCCCGUUUACAUUGAGUAUAGAAAGCCAAGGGAACGAUGCUACUCUAAAGGGAUUCGUCAAAAAGAUCAAGGCUUUUCUUGUUAAGGAGGGGCAAAUUACAGAUUAUUCUGUGAACAUGCAAGGCCAAGGAAACCAGGGGAUUCGUUUUACAGUCACCAUACAAGGCAAAGGGACUGAUGCUUCUCUCAAGAGAUUAGUGGAAAACAUCAAUGCCAUCCUUCAAGGAGAAGACAAAAUGACUGACAUUACCAUAAGCAUAGAAGGCCAAGGGAUUGGUGCUUCUAUUCACCAAAAAAUUGGAGAGUUCAAUGCUUCCUUGAAAGGAACCAACAAAGGAGAGCAGUGGAUCCCGUUUACAUUGAGUAUAGAAGGCCAAGGGAACGAUGCUACUCUAAAGGGAUUCGUCAAAAAGAUCAAGGCUUUUCUUGUUAAGGAGGGGCAAAUUACAGAUUAUUCUAUGAACAUGCAAGGCCAAGGCCAAGCAAACCAGGGGAUGCGUUUUACAGUCACCAUACAAGGCAAAGGGACUGAUGCUUCUCUCAAGAGAUUAGUGGAAAACAUCAAUGCCAUCCUUCAAGGAGAAGACAAAAUGACUGACAUUACCAUAAGCAUACAAGGCCAAGGGAUUGGUGCUUCUAUUCACCAAUUCAUCCUAGAGAUCAAUGCUUCCCUGAACAAAAGUCCCAAUCAAAUUGUUGUAUCCACAGUUUUUCCUUUUAUGGUGAGCCUACAAGGCCAAGCAACUGUUCCUACUCUCAACAGGUUACAAGAGGAAUUUAAUAUAUUCCUGAAGAAAGAAGAACAAAUAACUUCUUCUUCUGUGAACUUACAACACCAGGUUAUUGAUGGUUCAGCCAACAAUGGGGAUCAGAAGGCCCUUUUUAUUCUUGUCCUAAAAGUACAAGGAACUGCUGCUUCUCUCAGCAGAUUAGUCCAAGUGGUCAAAGAUUUCCUUAAAGGAGAACAGCAGAUUGUGGCUUCUUCCCUAAGCAUACAAGGCCAACAAAUUGAUAGUUCUCUCAACCGAUUAAUUCAAGAGCUCAACGCUUUCCUGGAGAAACAACAUGAAGCAAAUGAUAUUUCAAACAAGAAUGGGGAUCAGAAGGGCUUUUUUCUUGUGAGCAUUUAUGGCCAUGGGACUGAUGCUUCUGUUACCAAACUAGAGCAGACAAUUAAUGCUUUCCUUAAGAGUGAAAGCCAAAUUAGUGGUAUUUCCCUGAACAUACAAAGCCAAAGAGUUGAUAGCUCACCCAACAAUAAGGGUCAGAUGUUGCUUUUCAUUCUCAGCAUACAAGGUCAAGGAACAUAUGCUGCUCUCAACAAAUUAGUCCAAGAGAUUGAUAAUUUCCUUCAGAGAGAAGACCAAAUAACCAAUAAUUUCCUGAAAAUAGAUCACCAAAGCACUGGUGAAUUAUCCAUGGUGGAAUGCAUUGAUGAUAUCCAAAGAAAAUGCUGGGAUCGCAUGGGUUCUUGUUACAGUAAUCCAUGUAGCGGGAAAUUGAAAGAAAAUGGAUCAUGUGGUCCAGGAUUCUACUGCUGCAAAUAA